AUGCAAGGUAACAUUCUGGUCGCGGUUCUUCUGACGAUAGCGUUGGUCGUCCCAUUCUUCGGGUGGCUAUUCUACAUCUGGUAUCGAUCUCAUAUGGCCCGAAUGCAUCAAGAAGGCCAAAUCUUCAACAGAAGAAACCGUGAUCGCGCCCAGGCUAACUUUGAGCCCGCUAAUGGAGCCGAAAAUCCCACAAUUGGGCCUUAUUUUACUCCUCGUGGGUGGGUUCGACCAAAGACACGAGGGCUAUCCCAUGAUAUGCGUCCGCCACAGUAUGUCCACCCCCGGAAGCCAAUUUAUACCGGCAACCCGAGUUCUGACCAACAUUUCCAAGGACCCAACCAAGCGAGCGCCCAUAAUCCUCCUCAUGCGGUGAACCAACAGCCGAAACCAUUAUCCAAACGACAGAAACGGAAACAACGGGCGCUACAAAACAAACAAAAACAGCAACUGGAAAGAGAGCAGCAGCGAAGUCAGAAUGAGCAACGGGGCAAUCAGAAUCGAAACCAGCGCAAAAAGAAAAACACGAACCCAGACCAUAGCAGCCAGAAGUCCCCCACUAUCCAGGGGGGGCAAGAUGAGCAACACGAUCCGUGGGGAAUCUCGGAAGGACAAAAUGACCAAACCAGCAACCACGGUGGAAGUGGUUGGGGGAAUGACAAAACCUCACGGGAAAACCAACACAAUACUGGACAGAACAACAAUAGCGACUGGGGUAACAACUUUAACAAUGCACAAGAAGAGCAGAGAAACACUGGACCAGGUUCCUCACGACGAGGCUCACGAAUGAAUCACAAUAGCCCGCGAGAAAAAAGCGCUCAAUGGGAUAACAGCCACCCUGCUUCUCCAGAUAUAGCGUCAAGAAACAACGCGGAUUUCCUUGGCGGCAAUUGGGGUCAAAGUGACGAUGGUGAACAGCGAGACAGCCUUUCACGGAGCAACUACUCCAACGAAGAUCACAACCGCCGCUAUGGAUGGGUAGACGAUGAUGCGAAAAGUUACCACAAUAAAAUAAAACGCAACCGCCAUGCCUCUCCAGAGCGAAGGUCAAGAAAAGAAGCAGAUAAUCGGAGUCGUUGGGGUCAGGAUGACAGCGGCACACGGCACAACAGCUCGUCAUGGAGCAACCAUCCUAACGAAGACCGUAACCGACACUAUGGACGGAAAAAUUCUGACAAAAACAGUUACCAUAAGCACAGAAAAGACAACCGCCAUGCAUCCCCAGAUCAAAAUUCAAGAAGCCCAUCAAGCCCUAACCGUGACUGGGGCCAAAAUGGUCAUGGGGAAUGGGGUAACAGCUACAACAGGUCCAGGUCCAACUCCUGGGUGCAUGCAGAACAGCACCAUGACGAUGGCAGUCCGACCUGGAGUCAAGAUGGACGUUUGCACCGGGACAAGAAGAAGAAAGAGCGCUGGCAGAUUGAAUUAGAGGAGAAUGAGAAGAUACGUCAUAGUCGAAGCCGCUCGCGCGAACGUUCGGAUGCAGGAUGGGACAAGCGCAGUCAGGGGUCCGACUGGAAAGAGACACAGAAGUGGUGA